GUAACGAAAUCAGGAUAGAACUCACGCACGACACACACACAGAGCGAUAUGGCGUGGGCCUGUUCGCGCCAUUGGAGCAGCAUCAGGACUCCGACGGUGGCUUCCGCCACUAUUCCAAAGGAAACCGUCAAUUCAAGGGUUCUGGUACUCGGAGGAACCGGUAGAGUCGGUGGCUCUGCCGCCAUCGCUCUCUCUAAUCUAUCGCCUGACCUCCACAUCAUCGUUGCUGGUCGUAACAGGGAAAAAGGUGCUAGUAUGGUGGCCACACUUGGGAAGAACGCUGAGUUUGCUGAAUUUGAUAUAAAUGAUGUUCAAUCACUGGAAUCUGCUUUGACUGAUGUCGAUCUUGUGGUACAUGCUGCAGGGCCGUUCCAACAGACGGAUAAUUGCAGAGUCCUGGAAGCUGCCAUACGGGCCAAGACAGCGUAUCUUGAUGUGUGCGAUGAUACAAAUUAUGCCUUGCGUGCAAAAGCAUUUAUGAAUGAAGCAUUGGCUGCAAAAGUUCCAGCAAUAACUACUGGUGGGAUCUAUCCAGGAGUGAGCAAUGUGAUGGCAGCAGAGCUAGUACGUGUUGCCAAAAGUGAAAAUGACGAUGAGCCUGAACGGCUGAGAUUCUACUACUACACAGCAGGAACUGGUGGUGCUGGCCCAACAAUAUUAGCCACUAGCUUUUUACUUCUGGGCGAGGAGGCUAUUGCAUAUAAUAAAGGAGAAAAAAUCAAAGUAAGGCCAUAUAGUGGGAUGGUCAACAUUGACUUUGGAAAAGGAAUUGGGAAGAAAGAUGUGUAUCUCUUGUCCAUGCUGGAGAUGGCCAAACCACCUCAAAUCGUGCUGCAUCGCCUUCUCCUCAUCCAGUACGACUCCAACCUUCUCCCAUAUGUCAUAAUUUCCAACUUUAUCCCCGAGAAUUUGCCGGAGGUGACAAGUGCCCAUGAAAUCCUAGGAGUUCCAACUGUCAGUGCUCGAUUUGGAACUGCGCCAUUUUUCUGGAACUGGGCAAUGGAUGCAAUGGCACGUUUCGUUCCUCCUGAACUCCUAAGAGACAGAAGCAAAGUACAAGAGAUGGUUCGGUUAUUUGAUCCAGUAGUCCGUGCUAUAGAUGAAAUUGCUGGAGAGCGUGUCGCACUGAGAGUUGAUUUGGAGUGUGCAGGUGGACGACAUACAAUUGGUGUUUUCAGUCAUAAAAGACUCUCUGUAUCCGUUGGAACUUCAAUAGCUGCAUUUGCUCUUGCUGUUCUCGAGGGUAGUACACAACCUGGUGUAUGGUUUCCAGAAGAGCCUGAAGGGAUCGCCAUUGAAGCUCGGGAACUACUCCUUGAACGUGCGGCACAAGGGACAAUUAGUUUCGUAAUGCACAAGGCUCCAUGGAUGGUGGAAACAAAACCUAAGGAGCUUGGUCUUGGAAUAUAUGUGUAAUAUCCCAACAGAGGUUGGAGUUUGAUCUAUGUUUAAUAUCCCUACAAAUUUCUUCAGGUUUACAAUAUACCACAGCUUGAAUUUGUGCCAAUAGAGAGUUUCAAUGUUCAAAACAACAGUAUGCUACUAACACUAUGCUAUAUAUUCAUCACCACAAGAAAAUUAUUCAUUCAUUGAAC